UUUAAAUUUAAAGACUUUGCUCAAAUGUCUACAUACGCUAAAUAUAUGGAUAGGUACAAGCGGAUCAGGUCUUCAUCGCAGGAUCCGAAACCAGACAUGUCCUUUAAGAACGCUUCGAUGAUAGACAGGGAAACUUAUACAAAAUUCAUGGAGCAAGAACUCGAAAAGGUUGGUGCGGCAUUUCUUAAGGUCAAAGACAUGCCAGAGAGAAUGGAGCAGCUCCAGGACCAGAUUAUCUUAAACCAAGAGAAAAUUAAUAAUCUUUCUCGGAUUCUGAACCUGCUCCAGGACACUGAGAACUCUCAAGAGAAUGAUCUCAGAGAUAUCAAGUCUUCCUUAAGAAAGUUGGGGGUUACCACAGUCGCGGCUAAAGAUAGGGAAUAUACUAAAUUUAAAAUAAACGAACCUCAAGAUUCAGAGACAGUCGAUUUAAUCAACAGACUUCGAAAAUUAGAGGACAGAAUUUCAAUGCCUUGAAACUCCAGUCCUAGGAAGAUCUCUCCUGAGAAAAACAUGUCUGCGAGAAUGAGUAGGUCUCUCCAAGAAAUGGAAGAAAGACUUACUCAGAUGAUAAGAGACCGACUUCCUUCAGAAAAAUCUUCCAGAAAGUCAACAUCAAGGAGUAAAUCUCCUCAUGGGAAUUCUAAGACGGGCCCUAGCAUGAAAUUAAUCGAAAAAUCAGUGAACAAAUGGACGGAAAAGGUUGAAGAGCAAGUCAACAUCAUUCAAAACCAAGUUGAUGAGAAAGCCUCCAUCAAUGAAGUCAGACAAGCAAUUGAGAAAGAAAGACAUGAGAGAUCUGAAGUCCUCGAUAGAAUCAAUAAACUCGCUGAAAACUCAGAAAAAGUAUCCUCCAGACUUGCAGAAGAUGUCUAUGAGACUGUUGACCUUAACAAUAGAAAACUUAAUGAUUUUGAAGAUAGGCUAACUCACUUACGUGAGUGGGUAGAGGACCUUUCUCAGGUUGAUGCCCGUAAAUAUGCUCCAGAAAGCCCAUCAUUUGCUAAAAACCCUGGAUAUAUGACCAAAUCUGACCUUAUGAAUUUUGAAAAAUAAACUAAAUAAGAAAAUUUUGGAGAGUUUAGAUGAGACUAACUCUAUUAUGAAGAAAAUUAAAGUCCAAAGUAAGGAACUCAACAGUAGAGUGAAAGCCUUAGAACAGAAGAGAGCAAGAAGUCGAAGCAAGAGCAAAAAGAGAGAUCCAAAACCAUAUUCUUUGAAGAGAAAGGUAAAUGAUAAUAGAAGUCUGGAGAAGGUUCCCCAGAAAAGAGCUAACCCUUCUUUGACAUCAGAGAUCACCUCAAAUGAUAAAAGAGGAUAUAAUUCAACAGAGAGGUCUAUCAGGAACUUGGUCACUGGCAUCGAGCCUUAUAAGAAGCAGGCAGAUGUCGUGAGAACUAUGGCUAAGCCAAAUACCGUCUAUAGCUAUGUAAAGGAAGACAAGAAUGUAGAUAGUUCUAAGGAUACUAAAGAGAACGAAGAGAGAAAAACUCUGAAGAGACCUUUUGAUCCAGUAGUCAAUGAUUCCAAACCCUUUACUGAAUUCAUGACUUUUGAAGAAAACAAUUCAUCUGAAUUGUUUGACUUGAGCGAGAACGAGUCAGUCACCAAGAAUAGACUUGAUAGUAAAAUGAAGAACUCAAGUAGAAGUUCAAGCAGAAUUUCGAGAAAAGAGACACCGAGCAAGGAGAAUGUCAACCCCAACCAGAUUCCUCAGAAACGUUCAAGAAUUGCUGAAUUUGAAUCUUUGAGAAAGAAAAAGAAGAGCUCAAAAGGCCUAAAGAAUAAGAGAAGUAGGAGUUCUAGGAACUCCAAGAAUUCUCGUCGUUCAUCAAAGAGAAAGUUAAGCUCAAAGAAGAAAUUAAAGAGCUCUUCCAAGAAGCUGAAGAACUCUUCUGUUAAAAACAACUUGAAGCACCGGUUUAAAGACUCUAAGAUAAAGAAGAAGACAAAGCCACAGGCUAAAGGAAGUAAUAUCAAACUUGCAAAAUUGGAGAAGAUGUACCAGGAGCUCUCAGAACUUGAAUCAAAGUGUUGUGAUAAGUAAUUCAACCCCCA